AUGGCUCGUCCACACAAAGGUGAAGAAGAAAGAUGGUCUCAGCUUCAUACGGAUGUGAUGAAGUUGAUCCUCAAGCACCUAACUAUAGUCGAUCAUAUUCGUAUCGGCACUGUCUGUAAAUCUUGGUUGUCAACCACUUCAACCAUCAACUUCCUCUUUGAUUCUCGUGCUCCAUGGUUGGUGGUCUCCCCCGGCCAUCCGGCUCCCCGGAGAUGGAGCCUUUGCACCAUCUCCAAUGGACGACGAAGCUUGUGCCUGGAGAUCCCCGAGGAGUUCCGAAGCCAGUGGUGUUGCGGGUCAUCCAAAGGCUGGUUGACGUUCUCAUACAAUCCUCCAGAGGUUCUCUUUGGUUCUAAGGCGCGUCUCCUAAACCCAAUCACGGGAGAUACAGUCGAUAUUUUUCCAUGCGUCCACCGUCUCGUUAAGUGCAUCAUAUCGACAUCUCCGCUUGCAGCAGGUUGUCUGUUCAUAACGUUGGGUAGCGAAUUCUUCGACUCAUACAGAAGUGUGACUGUGCAUAAACCAGGGAAUCAUACGUUUGAGAGAUUGGAAAUAGAUGACCCCAUGGACAUCAUGUUUCAUCGUGGAAGAUUAUAUGUUCUAACCGAGUCGGCAGAACUCAUUGUCUACAUGUUCGAACCCUGUCGUAAGGCGUCGGUCAUCUCCGUUCCCUCCCUGUUUAGAAAGGGAGAUCAUCAUCCCGGCCCAUUCCAAGGUAGGUUGGUGGGGUCCGAUGGUGACAUCUUCAUCGUGUACUACAACACCGACCCGAGAUCAGAGCCGCAACAGUUAAGGGUUUUCAAGGUGAGGGAGGGCAGACUAUGGCGUCAGGUGGUGGAGGUGAAUAGCUUGGGCGGUCGCACCUUCUUCAUCGGUGGCUUCUCGGAGGGGGUGUCGGUGUCCAACAUGGAAUCAUCGUUAGAGUCGGAGUUAAUAAAGUCAGACUGUGUUUACUAUCGAAGGCGUGUUAAAGAUAACUUGUGGAGGUAUUGCAUGCGGACUGGGCGUACAUUCCAAGUUGCAGGGUUGGAAGUGGCAGGUGAUUUGCUUGGAUGGUUCACUCCCAAGUCGAGGACCGAUCGAGCUUGA